AUGAAGACACUGUUUGAAGAGAUCAAAGCAUCAAUUAAAAAUAACUAUAACCAAGAUCGCUCAUUUUGGAGGCCUGUUCUUCCUUGGGGAGGUGUUUUUACUAUCAAAGCUGGCCGCAAAGCAGUCUCCUGUACGCCACUCUAUGUUGAAAUAAGACUGAAAAAUACCUGCACCAUAGAUGGAUUCUUGAUGUUACUCUAUGUCAUUCUCAAUGAAAAUGAAAAUUUCCCCCGGGAACUCUCUCUUCAUUUAGGUAGAGAGUUUGUAGACUGUUUUCUUUAUUUAAUGGACACCUACAGUUUUACAACCGUGAAGCUACUUUGGAUUUGGGACAAAAUGGAAAAACAGCAAUACAAGUCUGAAGUUCAUAAAGCUUCAUUAAUAAUUGAUUUGUUUGGGAAUGAACAUGAUAAUUUUACAAAAAAUCUUGAAAAUCUUAUGUCAACCAUACAAGAGAGUUACUGUUCCAACUGGCGAUGCCCCACUCGAGUGCAAGAAGAUCAGCAACGCACAAUUAAUAUAAAUCCUCCCCAAGAAAUUCCACAUGGAAACUUGAUACGACUGGCUGUGGAUGAGUUAUUCUGUUCCAGGAUUGAACUGUGUGAAGAGCGUGGGUGUGGUGGCUUAAGAGAAUUUUCCCAAAGAGUGUUCUGCCACGGGCCACCCCCUUUUGUUGUCUUAAAUAUGCAGCAUUGGAAAUCUGAAGAUCUGGCAUAUGUCCCCUAUUAUUUGGAUUUAUCUGAUCACAAGUAUUUGUUGGAAGGUGCCACAUUGUUUAACAAAGAGGAACAUCAUUAUUCUGCAGCCUUUCAAAUUGAUGGACAUUGGAUGCACUAUGAUGGCCUCAGAAAUGUGAAUUUAAUUUUGUUAAAUAAACCCCCAGAGUUUCUCCUCUUGUCAUCAUUGGUUUAUAUUCGAGCAACAGAGAAAUAA